ACGCUACGUCACUUCCGGCUAAAACAUGGCUGCGCCCUGACAAAUGUCACAUUAUCUGUUUGGCUAAAAACAUCCAGUUAAAUUCGGCUUCCCUAUCAACAGCAGAGCUUUAAAAGGAAAGAAAAAAGCUGCGAUACUUUUCUCCGUGUCAGUCUCCGUCCUCAGAGGGUGUGUAAGCGGACAUCAUGGUGCAUUUAUCGUCCUUCCUCCUGAAGAAGUACCACAGUGGCUACGUCGUCAUCCGGCUCGCGAUGGCAGGCCACAAACAAGCCAACCGACCCUUUUAUCGCAUCGUGGCGGCUUACAACAAGAGAUCAAGAGACGGCAAAUACAUCGAGCAGCUGGGCACCUUUGACCCCCUUCCUAACAUCUACAACGAGAAGCUCGUCAGUUUCAACUUCGACCGGAUCAAGUACUGGAUCGGCUGCGGCGCGCACCCGACCAAACCCGUGGCCAAACUUCUAGGGUUGUCUGGGUUUUUCCCCCUCCACCCCAUGACGGUAACAGAGGCAGAGCGUCGAAGAGCUCAGGCAAAGCUGGCGGAGACGACAGCAGGAACGGAGGACUCUCAGGAGGAGGAGAACCGGGCCGGUGUGUGAUCGGAUCAAAGCGAAGCUGCUGUUAAUAUGAAAGAGAACUAUUAAAUAUCCUUUCUUUCUCUUGUUGAUGGACUGCUCAAAAGUGUGAACAACUCGUAAUCUUAAAAAGAAACAACAGCUUUGAGCUGAUUGUUGAUUGACAUCUUGUGUUUAUUUGGGGAAAUGUUGAGCUUUUGUUUUGUCAUUAAAAUCUUUGUGAAAAAAACUGCAAAAAGCUA